AGGUCUACUAUUAUCUUGAUGAUGAUGCGACUCCUUUUGUGUCCAUCCUACCCGUGCCCCCUGAUGAAGCAACUUUGAGAGAUUUCAAGAAAGUGUUCACCAGAAAAGGCUUCAAGUACUUUUGUAAAGGCCUAGACGCGGAUAUCAAGAGGGAGGUAAAGAUCGAAUUAUGUGACGAUUCCGCUGCUUUGAAAAAAUCUACCAAUGGUCUUAUCGAGUUAUUCCUGCAUAGUUGUGGUGGGCCCGGUGUUUUGCCACGCUCUGGUACAUUGCCAAGAAGAGGACAAGCGGAAUAUAUGCCCAACAUGGAACUUUCUGACAAAUUAUUCCUGCACAGUUGUGGUGGGCCCGGAGUCUUGCCACGCUCUGGUACAUUACCGAGAAGAGGACAAGCGGAAUAUAUGCCCAGCAUGGAACUUUCUGACAAGGCUGAUAGGCGACGAUCUUUAGUCAAUUUGGACUUACUCGAUGCCUCAGAAAGUACUCAUCCAGCCAGCAGCAUUGGUGGAACGAUCGUCAGCCGACGGGCCGGUGAGCACCUUGCUGAACUAUACACUUCAAACUCCGAAAACUUCUAUAAUGACUCCACAAGGUCAGCAAAUUAUUUUAUUUUCCGCACAUCAUUUUCUAUACUUCAUAUGUACUUGGUAUAUCAUCCAUCAGUCUCUGCUUUUUUCACUUGUUCCUCCAAAGUUACAAAUUAUAAAGAGUUCCAUAGGCCUUGGUAGAU